AUGCAUAUUUCCCAUUCGGUUGCUCUCCACUUGGCUGCUAGCGCCUGUGCAGCCACAUUUUUCGGAUUCGGCGUCAACGCUAUCCUAUGUUGUAUGUUGUACGUCCAGACUAUGGAGCAUGCCCUCUCUUUCUUCGAGUUCCAGCCACCGAAUGACUUAGUCUACCAACACAUGGUUCACAUUCUAAUGGCAAGAUCUGAAAUCCGGGACAUCUUCAUGGGAGGGCUGCCACAUAUGCGGCUUCGUAUUUCGGCACCCGUUCAACCCUGGGCUGGAUCUAGAUUGCCGCUAGCAACAUUGGAUUUUCAGAUGGGUAUGUUUGUUGGACUCAUGGCUACGGACAGUGGAAUUACGGGGGAUACGCACCAAUGA